AUGGGUCGUUCAAAACAAUCGCUGAAUAAUUCUGCAGUUAAGUCUCCGAAACCUGGAACGACUCCCGAAUCUAAGAUCAAGAGCCCUAUGAACGGCAAAACAACGCCAAUGAGACCCGGAUCCAAGCGACCAGUCCCGGUCGGUAGCGAGGAAAGUGAAUCAGAUGUCGAAACUGUCAUGCCGGAUGAUCGCAUUGCCAGUUUGAAAGCAUCAAACAAAAAGCUGAAACUUGUCGAUGACAGGUCACUGGAUCCAGAAGAGGAUGACGUUGAAAGUGACGAGGAGGAAGACGAUGAAGAUGUUGACGUUGAUGAGGACGACGAUGAAGAAGAUGACAGCGACGACGAUGAUGAUGAUGAGGAAGAGGACGAUGACGAGGAUGAUGAUGAUGAGGAGGAGGACGAUGAAGAUGACGAAGACAGUGAGGAAGGGGAGGAAGAUGACGAGACAACCCAGAUUGCUGUGGGAGCCAAAAGUGCUGGUUCGAAGAAUGCUCCUCAAAAACUAACUCCCCAACAAAAGGGUGGAAAAUUGACUCCGAGUGUCCCUGCUGCCCCACCGAAAAAGGCGGCUACAGAGACAAAAGUAGAGAGUGGCCUGUCAGGAUCUGUGAUAAUAGUGAACGGACCUGAUAACUUGGAUAGUUUGAGAGAGUUUCUUUCAAAGAUAACUACCGUUACCGACAUACGCAAAAUGGAGCCCGCCCCUGUACUGGCUACGGUGGCAAACUUGAACAUCCUGAAGAGCCGCCUACAGUCAGAGAAGUUAACGUUCCAGGGAAAACCGCUCGAGAUAAUACCUGUGAACCAAUCAGGCGAUGCGAGGAUAACUGACAGUCUGUAUAUUAGUGGGAUCCCUAAAUCCACAACUAUUGAUCAACUUAGAGAUCAUCUUCCUGAGAACUGUCACCCUGUCGACUUCAAAUUGAUUACUAGGAAUCCACAUUUCAACAACGCAGUUUUGGCAUUCCCCUCUGUCGAAGCCGCCAUAAAGGCCUGUGAGGUGCUCCGAUCUUUGAAGCUAGGAGAUCGGUCAAUGAGGGUUUCCUUUACUGACCAUGUGGCUCAAAAAAGCUUUGAUCUCAGCCCAACAAUCGUGAUUCCCUACUUCACUGCUCAUCCUGAUCGUUUACGCCAGUUAUUCCCAACUUGCAUCGAUGUCACACAUGAUCGCGAGAGAAAGAAAGCGUUUGUCAAGUUCCCCUCACUGGAAGUCAGACGGGCUGCCAUCUCAGAACCUAAAUUCCUUAAUGGCAAAAAACUGUCACUUGGACUUUUAGGUGGACCAGAGCUGAAAACGGCUCUAAUUUUACGUGUACCAGCCACUGUACCGGAUUCGGAAAUCGAAAGUCUAUUCGCUGGUGUGGUUUCGCUGUCACGCAGUGCCAGGUCUCCUAAGGAUCUCUGUCCGGCCGUCACCGUUGAGUUUAAAACAGCCGCCGACUGCUCCAAAGCAAUUUCUUCACAUGUGACUUUAAAGGGACAACGGCUGGUGAUGUUCCCCAAAGCCGUAUUCGUCGAUGACGCCUCCCAGAAAAAAGUUGAAAACGUCAAUUCCGCACGAAAAAGUGAACCCCCUGCUAAAAAGACCAAAGCUGCCGAGGAAACCAGUGAGGAAGACAAGUUGAAACUCAAAGUUAACAAGGCUCUGAAGGCGAAAGAAACUAGUGAUGCUGAUGAAGAGGAAGUUGAAGAGGACGAGGAUGAUGAUGAUGAAGGUGACGAAGAAGACAGCGAGGAAGAGGAAGAAGAUGAGGAGGAGGACGAGGAAGAUGAUGAUGACGAUGACGACGACGAUGAAGAUGAAGACGAGGAGGAUGACGAUGAUGAUGAUGACGAUGAGAGUGAAGAAGAUACUCACAUGGCGUCACCCAAUGACCAGAAGAAUAAGAAACCGCAAAAUACACCCCACAAGAAGCCAUUUGGUGAGGUCCAGAAGAUGAACAAUCGCCCUGGAGGUGGGGCUAAUUUCAGAGGCAGUCAUAAAUUCGGUGGCAACUUAAAGAAUAAUUCACAACGUGGUCGCGGGGAUCAGUCUUUCCGUGGUCAUGGUGGUCAGUCCCCGCGUGGUCGGGGUGGUCAGUCUUUCCGUGGUCAUGGUGGUCAAUCCCCGCGUGGUCGGGGCGGUAAUAGAGGAGGCUGGCCCAAACAGGGCAGUCAUAACAAAAACAAAUGA